UACGAGCCGGUCCACAGGGGACACGAGUGUAUUACCCGCAAAGCACAUCAAACCUAGACGAUAGUUGCGCUAGAUUUGCACUAUCGGCUGCCUAGGAUAGAUUCAUGGGUGUGCUCCCUCAGUCCGCACACAGUUCAUGCAUUUAAAAUGUUUAACGUUUUCCAACACUAUAGCAAUUCGGUGACUGAAUCGGCGUUUGUUUGGGGAAAACUAAAAUCAAAAUAGAGUUGGCUGUAAGGUUGUUUACCUCUCAGUAGCUGGGUAAUUUUGGAGGGCAGAUUGCGUUUCUUCUCAGACCAACCCCGAACCCCCUCCUCCUUCACCAGACGCUCAGAUAUACUAGACUACGAAAACUGUGUUGGAUGUUUCAGGAGAAACAUUUCAGGACCAGAUUUUCAUUAUUUUUGAACAAAUGCAUGUACAUUAAGUACGCUCAUUAACCGUGUUUUAUCAGUUUUGCAAAUACUUUUUGUGUCGGUAAAUUAAAACACUAGAAACAUUGUAUCUGAAGGAGCGCACUGGGCGGAGGUAGCGACCCAAGCAUUUUUGUUAUUCAUCUUAACUCCACAGGCACCUCUUUUCCAUUAAUUGGACUUCUGACAGGUGACAUGGAUCUCUCUCUGUUGGUGGCAUUCUGCUCCUGUGUUCCUCCAGCUUUGGGGUCAGGAUUUGGCAGGGAGAUGCCAGGGUCAUCUAUAGGCAGGGACAUGCCAGCAUCGAGGAUGGUUGAAAAGGACUAUGACUCUGCAUUUCACUACGGUGAGUGGGGGAUGGAUCAACAUGGACUAACUCCACUGGGGGUAAACGUGACACUUCUCAGGAAAUAUCUGGGAGGUCAAGACGGGUUUGCGUUUUCCCUCCAUUUUUCAAGUUCAACUGGCAAACAGUCCCUCCCACUCUGCUGUAACACACUGCUCUAUCCUGUCUUCAACUAUGAAUCUCUGAGGAUCGGUGGACUGAUCUUCGCUGUGGUACUGUUUGUCAUGGGCAUAGUCCUAAUCGUCAGCCAGAAAUGCCCAUGUAAAUCAAGUCCGAAGUCACGUGUAUACUCGUCAGACGUCAUGAUACCUCAUCAGAAGUGUCCACUUAAUUUGAGGGCUGAAGUGUUUGGACCGCAACCCUUGACUGAGUUCAUUGCCUUCUGGGGUACCUGAGGCAGAGGCAGGGGUUGUGACAGGUCCCCAGUGAUGUAAAGUCUCGCCACCAGGCGGCAGCAUUGGACAGUGGAGGACUAACUAUGGCUAUCUCCCAGAGAGCACAAGGCUCAUUUUUUAAAUUUCAUCCUGCUGAUAUGUUCUCUUGACAUGUUUUUUUCUUUUCUCUUUUUUCUAUAUGAAUGAAUCUACAGCGACAGUAUUCUGAAGGCAUAAUUGGUUGAUGCAGUAGGGUAGGCUAUAAAACCUGUCAUAUGUGAUAGACACACAUGAACAAGCAAUUUUGUAAGUUAGAACUUGACUAUUUAUGACUAUUUUAAAUUGUAAUAUUUCCACAUUGUUAAAUAAAGUGAUGUAGAUGGGUCA